AUCGCAGAGGCGGCUUUUGGGCUCUGGAGGCCGAGUGGUCACCGAGGUUCUCAAGGUGAGGGGUUGCGCGACUGGACUGGGGUGGAGGCACAGAGAUCUUCGGGAAUACCGCAGCGCGUGAGGUCUACCCAAGUAUAUAUGCUGCUGAAUCGAGCAUCUCAGGACACAUGAGUCUUUUUUACACAACUUAGGCCGACUGCAGGCCAGUCAUCUGCUUUCUUUGGCAAAGCCUGAACAUGUAUACAGUGAUGGCAACUCAAAGGAAUACUAGAAGCUCCCAGCUACGAAACAGAAUUUCUCAAGGUAGUAAUAGUUUUCAGACUAAUCUCUUAGCCUGGAAGGUAAAAGAGAAAUCAGGCAACUCGAAGAGUGUCUUGAAAGAAAGCAAUUCCGUGAAAGAGUCUGAACACACCGAUGAUCAAGCUGAAGAUGAUCUGCAAAUUGCAGUAGGAUACUUUCAGAAAGGUCCCAAGAAAGCUUCACUGAAUAAAGAUAAGGUCUUGGAAAAACACUUGAAAACUGUGGAAAAUGUGGCUUGGAAAAAUGGCUUAGCUCCAGAAGCAAUUGACAUUUUAUUAAAUGUGGCACUCAGUGGCAAGUUUGGGAAUGCUAUAAACACACGGAUAUUAAAGUGCAUGAUUCCAGAAACUCUCAUAUCAGAAGAUUCUGUGGUUAAGGCGGUAUCCUGGCUCUGUGUUGGCAAGUGUUCUAGUAAUAUCAAGGUACUUUUUUAUCGAUGGUUGGUUGCAAUGUUUGACUUUAUUGAUCAUAAGAAGCAAAUUAAUUUGCUCUAUGGCUUCUUUUUUGCUUCGUUGCAAGAUGAUGCUCUGUGCCCCCAUGUUUGCCAUUUGUUAUAUUUACUGACUAAAAAAGAGAAUGUCAAACCAUUUCGCGUGAGAAAAUUGCUUGAUCUUCAGGCCAAAAUGGGAAUGCAGCAUCAUCUCCAGGCUUUGUUAUCGCUGUAUAAGUUCUUUGCUCCUACUUUGAUUUCUGUAUCUUUGCCUGCAAGGAGGAAGAUCUAUUUUAAUAAUUCAAAGAAUCUGUGGACUUCAGCUCUCCUUGCUGUGAAGCUAAGAAACCAAGUUGCUUUUCCAGAACCUCCAAAGCUAACAUUAGGUCCAACUAAAGGCUCUUCUCUAAAAAGAAAAUGGAGUUCUCACUCAGUUAUUCCAGCACUAAAUUCUGCCAACAAAGAAUGUGGGCAAAAGAAGAUGAGUCUUUCUGAUUAUCUCAGCAGCGAUAGAUCACUUCCACUAGAAGAGCUUCGGAGUUUCCCUCAACUUUUACAGAACAUUCAUUGCUUAGAGCUGCCUUCUCAGAUGAGCUCAGCGCUAAACAACUCGCUGCUGCUUCACUAUAUUAACUGUGUCAAAGAUGAGUCCAUCUUACUGAGGCUCUAUUACUGGUUGAGUCAAACAUUACAAGAAGAAUGUAUGUGGUAUAAUAUGAAUAAUUAUGAAGAAGAAAAAGAAUUUAUAAACGUCCUGGACAUUGUCAUCAGGGUGCAGUGCUUCUUACAAGAGGGGUUUUACUCCUCUGAAGUGUUCCUGUUUAAGAGCCUGCCUCUCUGGGAUGGCUUCUCCUGUCGGUCACAGUUCCUUCAGCUUAUGGCCUGGAUUCCAUUCAGUAGCUUCUCUGAGGUGAAGCCACUUCUUUUUGAUCAUCUAGCACCUCUCUUCUUUACAUCAACCAUUUAUUUCAAGUGUAGUGUUCUUCAAAGUCUGAAAGAACUGCUGCAGAAUUGGCUGUUGUGGCUUUCUACGGAUGCCCACGUGCAACCGGUGACAAACAGUCCUCUAGAGACAACUUUGGGUGGAUCCAUGGACUCUGUGGCUCAGUUGAUUGACUACGUAGGCUGGCUGUCCAUGGUUGCAGUGCGCUUGGAGAGCAACAGUACUUUGUUGUUGCACUUUAUUUUAGACUUCUAUGAGAAGGUGUGUGACAUAUAUAUAAAUUAUGACCUUCCAUUAGUGGUGCUGUUUCCUCCUAUGAUCUUCCAUUCUGCACUCCUAAGCCUGGAUGCCAGUAUCUUGAACCAACUUUGUUACAUUAUAUACAGGUAUCGCAAUAAUUUGACAGCUGCAAAGAAAAACAACUUUUUAAAGAAGGCAAAAUCAGAGUUCAAUCUCAGCAGCAAGAUCUGUCAAGAAUUUAAUUACUAUUUGACAGUUAUGGUUCAUUGCUUAUGGAUGUCCAAACCAUUUGAAAAAGGAGUGUACAUUGAUCCCCAAACCUUAGAAAACACUGGAGAAACUGAGUAUAAAAACAACUUAAAUUUAGUCCACCAUCCUGCCCUGUUGAGCUAUGCAGCUUCCUUUUUGCUACAGGGAGAAGGAAAUACAGGCGGUUAUCGUGACUGUUUAUUCAAAAGGAAUCCCAGAGCGAUGGAAAGCCCUGAAGAAAGGACAGUAGAACUGAGCUCUAUUCAGGGGAAGAAAUGGAACUGGUAUUUGGACUAUUUAUUUUCAGAAGGUUUUCAAGGCUUGAAACUUUUCAUAAAAAGUAGUAUUCACCAUUCUUCUCUAUCCCAAUCAGAGAUCAAAACCUCAAUGGUAAACAUUAGAAGAAUGUUGACAUAAACAAACUGGGCAUGCUAAACUAAACUCCUCAUUGCUAGAGAGGCCAUGUAGCUCAAUGUGAGUUUUCAUACCCAUUUCACAAGCCAACUGCUGUCUUCAAGGAGUACUUAGACUGGCCUUCUGUCCAUGGCUCAGGAGAACCUUGUGACUAACUUAGUUUUUAGUAUUCAGAUUUUUAAUUUACUAAUGAAAAAUAAUCUCUUCAUCUGCUUUCUAGUGGGAAUGUUUAUCUGCUAUGUUAGUAGAAGGUAAUGAGUAAUAUAAAGUUACUCUGCAGACAUUGUUAUGCAGAAUACUCUGCAGUGUCUGGAAUCCUGGGGACAUUUCUGUUUUUCUUAUGUGAACACCAGCAGCAGCACCAAGUUACUUACAAUAGGGUGCUACAUGGGUGUAACACAUUCCAAGAAGCUGAUAACUGUCUGGGCCUGCACUGGAGGUAAUGUAUGUAGGAAGGAAGGGUAGAGGAUGAAGAAAUUUCUGAUUUUAUUGGUGUUAUUUCCUGAAACCAUCAUAUUAUUUGAGUGUAUAUGUGUAUGUAUGUAUUUAUGUAUAUAUUCAGAUUUAAAUUUCCAGGCCUAAAUAAACUAACUUAAGCUUUA